GAAAAAAGUGAUGAUUACGUUUUAGUAAUAUUAAAUAAUUAAAUAAUUAAAUAAAUAAAUAAAUUAAUUAACUAAUUAAUUAUAAUUAAUUAUUAAUGUGCAUUAAAUCUAAACGAAUCGAAGGAAUAUAGUUUUAAUAUAUAAACGAAAAUGUUUCUCAACGAAACUUUGUUAGUGCUAACUUAUACGGCCAAUAUUAUGUCCAGGCUACCUGAACAAAAAAUAUUAAGUUCUCUCGAGGAUUCUAGUGAUUUUUCUAAUCAAACUACGACAACACUUUCCCCGGAAGAAGAGGAAAAUAAAUUCGAAUUCGAAGAUCAAUGGUACAUGUGGAGAUGUUACGAGCCCUAUGGUUGUUUCUACAUCGGUGCACCAUGGUCAGGAGAAAAUCGUCCAGUUUCAAUGUUUCCAGCUCGACCAGACAGUAUCAAUCCACGUUAUUUAUUAUAUACACGUGAUUACAUAGAUCAACCCCACGAAUUGAAGAUUGAUCAUUUCGAUACGAUCAAGAAUGCACUGUUUCGAUUAGAUAGCAAUUUUUACUUCAUUAUUCAUGGAUUUUUAGACAACGGCGAUAACACUUGGGUAAUGAGAACACUGAAUGAAUUAUUAUUGCGAGAAGAUUGCAACAUUUUAAUCGUAAAUUGGAUAGGUGGAGCAGGUCCGCCAUAUACACAAGCAGUAGCCAAUACGAGAUUGGUCGGUGCAAUGACAGCUCGAUUGGCGGUGCAAUUAAUAAAUGUAGGUAAAAUUUUACCAACGAAGAUGCACAUUAUUGGACAUAGUCUUGGAGCGCAUACAGCUGGUUACAUUGGUUAUACAUUAAGACUACGUUAUCGUCACAUUUUGGGAAGGAUUACAGGUCUCGAUCCAGCAGAGCCACACUUCAGCAAUACCUCGCCUAUGGUACGACUCGAUCCAACCGACGCAAUGUUCGUGACAGCAAUUCACACCGAUUGUAAUCCAUUUAUCAGCGGUGGCCUUGGUAUUACUCAACCUGUUGGCCAUAUAGAUUUCUAUCCAAAUGGUGGUCGCAAUCAGCCUGGUUGCAACGAGGGUGUACUCAAUUCGAUCACCUUGGAACGUGGUAGUUUCUUUCGUGGUAUCAAGAGGUUCUUAGGAUGCAAUCAUAUUCGAAGUUACGAAUAUUUCAUCGAGAGUAUCAACACCAAUUGUCCAUUCAUAGCGGUUCCCUGUACGUCUUGGGAUAAAUUUCAAGAGGGUAGUUGCUUCGAUUGCGUCGAUCAAUAUUGUCCUAGAUUUGGUCUGGACUCACAACCUGGGAAUUAUCAUGCUUCUGUUUUCUUAAUGACAGGCUCGGACAAACCAUUUUGUAAGGCGCAUUAUCGCGUAACAAUAAAUAUUUCGAAAACGAACGAGAGUUUAAGUUAUGGCGGGGAAGUGGGCAUGUUUUUCAUUAGAGUUAUCAGUGCUAAUGGAAAACAAACAGAGAAGAUGAAACUCAGUCCUAAUUCGAAAUAUUAUGAGCCUGGUAGUGUACACAAAAUUGUAUUACCUGGCGAUGUAAUAGGUAAACCAGAAUCUGUUGAAAUCACUUGGGAAUAUCAGACUUCUAUGUUCAAUCCUUUAACAUGGAGAUUUCUUCAUACACCACGUGCUUAUAUCGAUUCAUUGACGGUCGAUAAUCUUGAAUUUAAUCAUGGAAUCACGGUCUGUCCAGAUGAGACAAAUACACUGAUAGCGAACAAGCCAAAGAUAUUAACAGUAGAAAAUUGUGGCAAUACCAAUACCAACGUUGUAUCAACCUGAACAUCUUCAAGAUUAUUAUCAUAUUGAAUUGUUGCAACGAUCAUGACAAUAAAUAAUUCUGCCGUCAUUAUCAACGACAACGAUAACGAAUAACGAAGAAAAAAAUUGGAAGAAAGGAAAAAAAAAUAAUAAUAAUAAGAAGAAAGAUGACAAUAGAUUGUACGAUUAAUCUAAACUCAUGCUUCAAUCGACUAGGAUAUAUUUUCGCCAAGUUUAAUUUAUUGCUCGAUGAUUCAUACAAAUCGUUAAGGUACUCUCAUCAAGUUUCCUUAUGUUAUCAUUACAUCCUUCCUUUUCUUCUUCUUCUUCUUCCUUUUUCCUUUUUCCUUCUUCUUCUUCUUCCUUUUUCCUUUUUCCUUCUUCUUCUUCUUCCUCAUCUUUUUUUCUCUUUAUAUAUACAUAUGUAUAUACGUACAUACAUAUUAAUACACACACACACACACACACGUGCACACACAUAUAUAAAUCUUUUAUUGAACGCAUGUAAUAGAGUUAGUUUCGCUGAAUGUUCAGUGGUACCAACUUUAAUACACGAAUGAAUCUAA